AUGAAUCUGUUGACGCUCAUGGCGAUAUUGCAGAAUACCUUGCAGACCAUAGAGUGGUUGCAGGAGCAGGGUUUGCUCAGAAAGGGUGUACGGUGUAGAGAGCGAAAUUGCAGGAGGCAAAUGGAGAUGGUGCCAAGGGCUGACAGCCAGGAUGGUGUUAGGUGGCGAUGCAGAUGUGGGAAAACGAGGUCGAUCCGUGAUGGAUCGUUCUUUGAAAAAUCAAACUUGUCUUUGGGGAAGAUAGUGUUAAUCGUGUACUGUUGGUCUGUAGAUACCUGCAUGACAGCCACAAGUGUCAUGGUAGGUGUAUCAGAAUCAACAGUAAUCGACUGGUUCAACAUGUUGCGGGGAGAAUGUCGUUCCAAGCUUCUACAACUUCCUAUGGACGACAGAAUGCUUGGAGGACAGGACCAGAUUGUUGAGAUCGACGAAUCGAUGAUGAUUAAAAGAAAGUACAGCAGGGGGGCCGCUAGGCCCCAUCAUGAUCUGUGGGUUUUUGGGAUGUAUGACCGGCAAAGAAAGGUUGGUGUCGUCGAGCUUGUCGACAGACGGGAUGCACCAACUUUGGAGCAACUCAUAAAACGUUACAUACGACCUGGAUCUAUCAUAUAUUCCAAUAGUUUGGCAGUACACAAUGGUUUGGGAGCGUUGGGGUACAAACACGAAGUAUUGAUACACGCUGACGUCGUUGUUGACCCUAACACUGGAGUGCACACAAAAGGCGUUGAGACCUACUGUUCAAGAGCGAAGCGUAAACUGAAGGCAUGCCAUGGCAGCGUCUCAGAAAUGAUACCCUCUUACUUUGAAGAGUUUAUGUGGAGGGAGCGUUAUGGCCUAGAUCACGUGGAGGCAUUCAAGAACAUCCGCCUACAUUUAGCCGAGCGUUACCACUAG